AUGAUCUUCUUGAUUAUUAUUGGUAGUGCUAUUCCACAAGCGACUUAUAUCUUAUAUGCGUAUAUUGAAAAACCAACAUUUGUAUACAAGCUGUACGAAUAUCAUGACAUUCACUUUGGUAGUCGCCUUCUUAAUGUUAGUCUGUACGGAAUACACGGAUCGGAUUCUUGUUGGCCUGGCACCUGUUUAGUAACUGGAUGA